AUGGGGUGCUUCAUCUGCUGUGAGCCUGGAUACCGCCUGGAGGGAGAGUCAUGUGUAGGUAGGUAUACAGUGUAUAUACAGUGCAGUAACCCAUCUCAGUGUAAGAACAAUGUUGGUUCCUUCAUCUGCUGUGAGCCUGGAUACCGCCUGGAGGGAGAGUCAUGUGUAGUGUUCAUACUUUGCGGCGAGAGUGGAGAGUUCUGUGAUGCUGUCAACGGUGGCUGUGACAACAACACAGAUGGAUACUCCUGCAGAUGUAACUCAGGGUAUACACUGUAUACGGAGAAUGGCACCAUGGGGUACUACAUUCCUGCUGUUGAAACCGGGCUUCAGGUUAAUGACACACUUCAUCUCAACCACACGUGUGUCCGUAACAGGUGCCCCUACCCACCCACAGAUGGGUUCAGGGUUAUACAGAACCCCCAGGAUGUGUACCACGAGGGUGACAGUGUGAUAUAUGACUGCUACCCUGGGUACAGCCUGCAGGGUGUGGCAGCUGUGACAUGUACUGGCGGUGCGUGGACCACUGUUUUCCCAGCAUGCAACGUGAUAACUUGCCCCUUCGAUGAUGUUAGUGGGUUUGCCAACCCAGUUCAGUUUGACAACACUUCACCAAUAGCCUUUGGGGAAACUCUGAACAUGACGUGUGAUGUGUUUGGAGCCCUGACGACGCGGCAGCGUAGCGUGUGUGUGUGUACGAUCACGUCACUGGCAACUACAGCCUGCAAGGCGACAGCUACGCCUGUGAAGCUAGCUCCAAAUGGAGUCCUCCAGGAAGUGGCGACUUCCUUCAAUGUGUCUUGUCAGCCUUACUACAUUUACCAUGAGGUGGGGCUGUCUGCCAGUAACGAUACCACCGUUACCUGUGGGCAGGACGGCAAGUGGGGCUACGGAGAUCUGCACUGUGUUGAAAUGGCCUGCAACCAUCCCAUCGUGCCUGUGGGGGUUGUAAUCGACAGUAUCAGCAACUACACCUACGACUCCAACAUCACCUUCAGAUGCGAGCAGGGUGGGUACCAGAUCAAUGGUUCAUCCUUUUCCAAGUGUGUGCAGUCCGAGUUUGGAGGAUCUCUCAACUGGAAUGAGUCUGUGCCUACUUGCAUAGAUGUGGAGGCCCCCACCUUCAUCUCCUGCCCAGUGGGUGGUGUGGUGAAUGUGACCCUGUACCAGACAGACAUAUUCCCUGUCCCCGGGGCACUGGACAACUCUGGUGCUGUGGCAGCUGUGACGGUGUCACCCCCCUACUUCCAUCCCUCCUGGGCUGUCACCAGCGACACGAAUGUCACCUACACUGCCACUGACUACAGCGGCAACAGUGCCAUCUGCGAGAUCUCUGUCAGGAUUAAAGAUGAGGAGCCUCCGUCCAUCAGGUGCCUCGGGUCCAGAUACGAGGCAGUGGAUGCCAACCGAACCAUCACCUUUGGUGACUCCGAUGUCAACGCAACUGACAACAGCGGCAUCCUUCAAGUUACCUUUGUCCCACAGGCUAUCCACAUCUCUCUCAAUAACAUCGGAGAAAGUGUUGUAGUCAAGGCAACAGCCACAGAUGGGAGGGCAACGAACAGAGUUGUUCAUUUCAAGUUGUUGUUGUUGGUAUCCAAGACCUGUCAUCCAGAAUACCUGUCCCAGCCUAUGAAUGGUCAGAAAACAUGUAUAGAGACAGUUGGAGGCUACCAGUGCAACUUUACCUGUGACCCCGGCUUCUUCUUCUAUGAGGAUUAUCCUGACAAUACAUAUGUCACGGAGUGUCUGACAAAUGGGGACUGGAACACAACGUAUGUUCCGGUGUGUGGAGCUCCGGGCCUAAUAGACUGGGAGCUGAGACUGAAGAUCGUGUUCCAGGAAAGUCCCCCGGCGCCCAUGUCUCUAGAUUGUCAGACAACUUAUGUUAAAGAUUCCACCAUUAAACUGCAGGAACUAUUUCUUGUGUUAUCAGAUCUAUGUAAUAAAUCUGGCUUGAGUCCUGACUAUAUCAAUCAUACAUACACUGGACAUAACUAUAUGGCUGACACUCAACAGCUGACAUAUGAUAUUGCACUGGAACUUCUCCCAAAUCGUCCCCUCAAGUCUGACUACAACACCUGUGUUGAAGUUAUCAUUGACCAGUUUCCUCUCCUGGCAGCAGAGUUGUUUAAAGCGCCAGCAAAUACAUCAUCUCCUUGUCCUGUGAUAAGACCAAGCGCAGAACCCAGCGUCAGCCUCGUAACUUGUGAUGGGCGGGGUGAGCUGCGGGAGAUCAGUGGGGAAACGAUCUGCAACGUGUGUCCCCCCGGAACCUCCUACAACUCCACUGGUCAUUGCCAGCUGUGUCAACCUGGGUCCUAUCAGAAUGUGUCUGGACAAAGCAUGUGUACACCUUGCCCACUAGAAACCUGGACUGAUGGUACUGGCAAAACAUCAGAACUGGACUGUAUCAGUGUAUGUCCUGGGGAACUUGUAUCGAACACUGGACUUCCUCCUUGCCGAGAGUGUCCCCCCAACACCUACAAGAACAGCAGCACCCACUGUACAUCAUGUGCUGAGGACACAAUCUUUGUUGGGCUGGAUAAUCCAUUGCUGGCUGACUGUAAAGAGUCAGCUUGUACUUUUGUUCGUCGGAUAAACCAACAAAUGAUUGGCGGCAAAGACAUCAUGACUGCCGCUGUCGGAACAACAGAGUGUGAAAAUUCUUGCAACGUGUUCCGGAGACGCUUUGAGCAGCGUCAAUGUGUUGGCUUUAACUUCUUCAAGAGUCUUGGCAUGUGCUUUCUAUAUGACACUAUUUACUUCUAUCAGGGGACCAGAAUGUAUGAUUUCUAUGAAAGAGUCUGUCCUCAAGUGACUAAAUCGGAGAAGUGUGACCAGGGGACAUUUUCCUACAGUGGUCAUAAACCCAACUGCCGACCAUGUCCAGUUGGCUACUUCACCAACACCACUGGCGCCACUGUGUGCCAGGAAUGUCCUGCAGACGAGACAACGGUAGCCAAUGGGUCUACAUCAUGUGUUCCAAUGGCCGAUGUGUUGUGUAACCCAGGACCAUGUACUAAUUCAGGAUCAUGUGUUAUUGUUGGACACUCAGAAGAAUGCAACUGUUCUGCAGAAUUCACUGGCCGAUAUUGUGAGUCCCCACUGGACACAUGUGCUUCCGGCCCCUGCUACAAUGGCGGCAGCUGCCAGACUGUCGGUACCAGUUUCAACUGCUCCUGUGCCGUGGGUUUUGAAGGAUCCCAGUGUUUUGAAGGAUCCCAGUUUGAGACUUGUAUAACUUAUGUUUGCAGGUUUUGA